AUGUCCUUUUCAUCAAAACGCCUGUCGUCCAACGGCGGCGUAAAUGGAUUUCUGCGAAAACAUCCUGCCGCGUUCGGAGGUGCCUUUGUAUUCCUUAUUAUUGGAGCAAGUCUUGCCAUGACCUCCUUUGCGGACGUUGUCGUCGAGAAAAAGGAUUCAAAGAUCAGCGUGAUCACCCACGAUGAGGAGAUCCGACAGAAACUGGGAACCGCUCGAAAGUUUGAUAUCCGGGAAGAAUAUUAUCGACACUUUUCGAAGCAUCCUAACGACGAAUGGGACAACGUCCGCAUACAAAGACCUGACAAUGUCGCCGAAUGGGGCGAAGCACAGCAAGACACGCGCAAAAAAGUCAAGGAACUUGUCAGAAAGUAG